GCAAAAACCCUUCAAAUAUGAAACACAUGAAAGCCAAAACCAGAAAAAUAACCAAAUCAAGGAAACUUUCCUCGAGCUUAUUUAGCUAUAAAGAGCAUAAUCUUCAUACUUCAAAUAGGUUUUCAGGGCAAGGUCGCCUAGAAAAACAAAAAAUUAAAAAAAAAAAAAAAAAAAAGGCUGAUGUGUAUGGGUGUUCUUGCUUACAGUAGUUGGGCAGCUCAUCAUGUCUCUCUUUCUAAAUAUGGAUAUACAUUUCUCCACCUUUUUAUGAACCCAAUUUCAAUUUUUGAGCCUAGUUAUUUUCCCUCGUCUUCCAACUCCAGCUGCAUAUACAUUUCUCAACAACAACCACCAUAUCCGCAUUCUGCUUCACCGCAUUCUCUACAAGAUGAAGAAGAUGAAACAUGAGAGAUGUAAAAAAUCAAAAAAACAGAAAGAUGCUGCCCAAAAUCCCAAAAUGGGCGAAGAUUUCUUGACAUUUCUACCAUCAGAAAUCAUAAUCAAUAUCCUCUCAUCAAGACUCCCCAUUCGCACCACGAUGAGCUGCACGGCUGUUUGUAAGCCAUGGCUUGAUUUGCUCAGGACUCCCGAGUUUGUGAAAUCCCAUAUUUCUAAAUCAGUCCCAGGCCUCGCUGUCUUUUUAGAGGGAGAGUACCCAAAGCCAUACAAAGUCUUUGAAUAUGUCGAUGAGCUUAAUAACCCUAAGCGCCGUGUGCCUCGUUGGAAUAUGACAUUGAACUUCAACCUCCCCAUUGAUAAGCCCCCGUAUAGCUCUGUUGAUGGCUUGCUCUUCUUGUGCACUCGAGGCAUGAUGUCUCGUGAGAUUUUCAAAUCUGGUAUCUUCAGGCAGGAAUUUAUUAGGUGGCCUCGUGAUCUCUUUAUAUGCAAUCCAAUCACUCGCGAGUACAUCAAGCUUCCAUGUCCCCUGGAGUUCUCCUCCUCGAAGUCUAAAGUUCAUAUGGACACUUUUGGAUUCGGGGUGAGCAGAACGACCUGUCAGUAUAAGCUGGUUCGGGUUUUCCAUGAAUGGAUUCUGAAUAAAAGAUUGGUGUUGGCAGAGCUUGUUGAGCCGAAGUUCCAAGUAUACAAUGUUGGAAGUGGAUUGUGGAGUGGGAUCGCUUGUGUUGGCCCGUUCAAGUAUGAAGGAAAUGCCAAGGGGGCGUUUCUCAGUGGGAAUAUCCACUGGUUGGUAAGGGAUAUGUACGGCUCCUCUGUGUGGAUUUCAUGCUUUGAUCUCGAAACUGAAAUUUUCAGCACCUUUUCUCCUCCGCCUUGUCGUCGUGAUGAUCGUGAGGAAUGCUUGAACGUGUCCACUUUGAGGGAUUGCCUAUGUAUGUGCGAUAAUACGGCUUACGAUGAGAUUGUUAUAUGGUUGAUGAGGGAUUAUGGAGAUGACAAGUCUUGGACAAAGGAAUUCGUCAUCCGCAAAAAGGAUCUUGAUUAUAAUGAGGGACUUAUGUGCCCCAUCAAAGCUUUCCAAAAUGGUGACAUCUUGAUGGCGCUGGAAUACAGCAAGCCCUUGACAUUAUACUUCUCCAGCAAGACUAAAACGUUUCGCCACGUUGAUCUGUUUGGAUUGCAGAGCUGUUUCUGCAUCCGCACAGUCAGUUACGCCCCGAGCUUUCUUCCCCUCAAAACUCUCGCCGUCGACAACGUCAGCUCCUUUUGAUUCCAGACUGCAAAUCCAAGUAUGGGGGCUGUUUGGCCGACUUUAUUAGCUCCUUAAGACAUCUUAGAUCGAUAUUUAACUUGCUUUCCUUUAUGAUUCUCCCCUCUGAGGUCAAGGCUGUUGAUUUAUAUAUUUACUAGAAUUCUUCAGUUUAUCACUAACAAGACUUUGAUUAUGAUCCAAAAACCUUGUUGGCAUUUUCCCAUAUUAGCAAGAUCCUACAUUAUUAGGAAUUUUUUGUUUUGUCC